GGAGAUCCCCCUACAACUAUGCACGAACCCAACAGUUCCACAAAGGCCUUAUUCCUGGAGAAGGUACGACAGAGCAACGCGGCGUGCCAGAGCGGCGACUUCAGCCUCGCCAUACGGUUAUACUCCGAGGCCAUCGAGCUGGACCCCAACAACUACAUCCUGUACAGCAACCGGUCAGCGGCCUACGUGAAAACUGGACAGUUUGAUCUGGCCUUGCAGGACGCUGUCAAAGCGAGAGACCUCAAUCCAAAAUGGGCAAAGGCUUACUUCCGCCAAGGUGUGGCACUGCAGUGCAAGGGACAGCAUGCAGAGGCGCUGGCUGCGUUUGCGUCUGGCUUGGCACAGGACCCCAAGAGCCUACAGCUACGAGCUGGCAUGGUUGAAGCCGCCAUGAAAUCACCAAUCAGAGAAAAAUUGGAACCGACCUAUCGGCAGUUGCAAAAGAUGAAACUGGACAAGAGCCCGUUUGUCAUCAUCUCUGUGAUUGGUCAGGAGCUGCUGGCUGCAGGGUUCAACUCUGCAUCUCUGGUGGUCCUGGAGUGUGCUUUAAAGGUGGGGACGUGCAGCUUAAAGCUGAAAGGGUCGGUGUUCUCGGCCCUGUCCACGGCGCAUUGGUUGCUAGGCAACACGGAGAAGGCCAUCGCCUACAUGCAGCAGGACCUGACUGUCGCCAAGUCACUCGGUGAUCCCCAGGGAGAAUGCAGGGUGCAGGGGAACCUGGGGUCAGCCUACUACUCCAAAGGCUGCUACAAGGAGAGUCUGGCUCACCAUCGCAUGCAGCUGGUACUGGCCAUGAAGGAGAAGGACAGAGAGGUUGCAGCCAAAGCCCUGAGUAGCCUGGGUCAUGUCUACACCUCUGUGGGAGACUUCCCGAAUGCCCUGGCCAGCCACAAGCAGUGCGUCGUCCUUGCCAAACAGAUCAACGACAAACUGUUCGAAGCACGGGAGACGGGGAACAUGGGGACCGUUUAUCUCGCGAUGGGAGACUUCGACAAUGGUAUCGAAUGUCACAAGCAGCACUUGGAGAUCGCCAAGCAGUGUGAGAAUAAGGAAGAGGAGGCCAGGGCCUACAGUAACCUUGGGAGCUCGUAUCACUACAAACGGAACUUUGACCAGGCCAUGACGCACCACAACCGCGUGCUGGAAAUAGCGGCGGAGAUCGAGGAGAAGUCGUUUGAGGCGAGGGCGUACGCCGGACUCGGGCACGCCGCACGCUGCAUGGGCGACCACGACCGCGCCAAGCAUUGCCACGAGCAGCAGCUGAACAUUGCGCUGAGUACAAAAGACAAGCAGGCCGAGGGUCGGGCUUGUUCCAACCUCGGGAUCAUCUACCAGCUGCAGGGGGAGUUUGACACAGCGCUGAAACUCCACAAGGCCCAUCUUGCCAUAGCUACUGAGUGUAACGACCGAGCCGGGCAAGGCAGGGCGUUCGGCAACAUGGGAAAUGCCUACAGUGCCUUAGGUCACCAGGAGCAAGGGGUCAAGUACCACCUCCAGGAGCUGACCAUCGCAAAAGCAGUCAACGAUCGCGCCUCAGAGGCCAGUACGCACGGAAACUUGGCAGUCGCCUACCAGGCGCUAAACGCGGAGGACAAGGCUUUGCAGCAUUACCACAGUCACCUGAACAUUUCACAGGAGAUAAAGGAUAAAGCAAGCGAAGCUCGCGCACUGAGCAACCUGGGAAACUACCACAGUACAAGGGGGGAGUUCAGUCAGGCUGUGCCAUACUACGACAAAUAUCUUAACAUCACACAGGAGAUACAGGACAUUGAGGGGGAGGGAAAGGCUUGCCAUAACCUUGGGUAUGCACACUACAAACUGGGGAACUACAAGGAAGCUGUGCACUACUAUGAUAUGGACCUGGCUCUUGCCAAGGACAUGCAGGACAAGGUUGCCAUGGCCAAGGCCUACUGUAACCUUGGUCUUGCUCACAAGGCACUAGGGAAUGUAGAAAACGCCCUGGAAUGCCAGAAAUAUUUCCUGUCCAUAGCGCACGUACUGAAAAAUGUCCAAGGAAAAUUCAGAGCGCUGGGGAAUAUCGGAGAUGCCUUGAUGGCCAAACAGGACACUGAGGGUGCCGUGAAGUUCUAUGAACAGCAGUUAGUGCUGGCCAAGGAGGCCAGGAAUAAGUCCCUGGAGGCCAGCGCCUACGCAGCCAUGGGUGCUGCCCACAGACUGCUGAGGAAGUUUGACAAAGCCUUGAACUUCCACACACAGGAGUUGAACCUGUGUCAGGAGAUCGGGGACGUGAAGGGCGAGUGUAAAGCACACGGGCACCUCGGCGCCGUACACACGUCCCUUGGGAAGUACACCACCGCGCUCGGCUGCUACGAAGAACAGCUUGCACGCGCGAAGGAUCUGAAAGACAGCGCCAUCGAAGCUCAGGCGUACGGUAACCUAGGCAUCACCAAAAUGAACAUGGGGUUGUUCGAAGCUGCCAUUGGCUACUUCGAGGAGCAGCUGGCAACCUUGGAGCAGGUGAACGGCCACAGCGCCAUUUUGGACCGUGGGAGGGCGUACGGUAAUCUAGGAGACUGUUACGAAGCUCUGGGUGAUUAUGAGGAUGCUGUGAAGCAUCAUGAGCAACAUUUGACCGUAGCGCUGAACUCUAACAGCCUGUUUGACCAGGACCGAGCCUACCGAGGCCUGGGGAAUGCCCACAGAUCCAUGGGUAACCUGCAGCAGGCCCUGGUGUGUUUUGAGAAGAGACUCGUCGUGGCACAUGAACUGAAUAACGCCAAGGCCAUGGGGUCCGCGUACGGCGAACUGGGGUGCCUGCACAGCACCCUGGGUAACUUCGAGCAGGCGAUAUCGUGCCUGGAACACCAGCUGGAGAUGGCCAAACAGAUGGGCAACAAAAACCUCCAGGCUGACGCUGCAUGUGGACUAGGGGGAGUCUACCAGCAAAUGGGCGAGUUUGAGAAGGCUCUGGAGUUUCACCAGCUUGACCUUGAGAUCGCAGAGGAGAACGACAACCCUGCCUGUCAAGGUCGCGCCUACGGCAACCUGGGAGUUACCCAUGAGUCACUGGGCAACUUCCAGAAAGCCAUCUUCUUCCAGGAGCAACAUCUCAGCAUUGCUGCUCAGAUGAACGACCAGGUUGCGAAGUGCCUGGCGUACGGCAGCCUGGGAAGGACUCACCACGCCCUGGGGAACUACUCACAGGCCAUCACGUACCUGCAGCAGGGGCUGGGCAUCGCAGAACAGCUGGGCAGGAGGGAGGACGAGGCCAGGAUCAGAUACAGACUUGGACUGGCCCUGUGGUCCCACCAGGAGUUAGAAGAGUCCCAGCAUCAGCUGUACAAGGCUGCUGCACAGUUUGAGACCAUCCGAAGAGACUCGCUCCUCAGCAGUGACUACAAACUCAACAUGUUCGACAUGCAGACAGCUUGUUACCAGGCAUUACAAAGAGUGUUGGUCAGUCUGGGCAGACAAGAGGAAGCUCUGGCCAUCGCCGAGCGCGGGCGCACGCGAGCGUUCAUCGACCUGCUGAUGGAGCGUCAGGGCUCGGAGGCGGGCAGCGUGAUGGACACGUCGCCGGUGACGGUGGAACAGAUCGUGGCGGCCGUGGACAGACAGAAGGCCGCGGUCCUGUACUACUCCAUAGCUGUGGGGUACCUGUACAGCUGGCUCAUCAUGCCUAACAAAGGAGUUGUGAAGUUCCAUGAGUGUAACAUGAAUGAACUGAACAGUCACCUGCCGUCGGAGAGAGAGUCUCCCCUGUCAGGACUGUCAGAGAAGGACAACGUGUCUGUGGCCAUGUCAACGUCAGUACUGGACCAGUACGUGUCACAUGUCAGGGAGGCCCUGGGAGUCGAGACAAGCAUCCCAAGGUCUUCCAGUGAGACAGAGAGUGAGGCAGAAGAGAUGAGCAUGCACUCCAACAGCACCUUCCUCCGGCUUAUCAACCGUAACCACGUCUUCAACAAGAGCACCACCAGCAUGAACUCCCUGCUCAGUCAGUUCUCCGGCCUGUCCGCUGGCAGCAUUCGAACCGCCAGCAUCGGGACCGGCGGGGGGAGGAGACGGAGGCCCUGGUCGGGAAAACCGCCGUUACGCGCCCUGUACGACCUCCUGAUUUCCCCCAUGGAGGACGUACUACCCAGAAUGAACGGACCGAAGUCGCCUGCAGGGCAGCUGGUGUUGGUGCUGGAUGGAGACCUGUACCUCGUGCCUUUCGCUGUCCUGAAGGGUAGCUCUAGUAAUGAGUGCCUGUAUGAGAGGUACGGCCUGGUGGUCACGCCGUCCAUUCAGGCACUCAGCAUGAACCAGCAAGGACACCCACAGUCGAGGCCCUCGGACGUGCUGCCAGGGCUUGUACUAGGGAACCCCAAGCUGCCACCAUCCGUGUUAGAGAGGUGGUCGUACGACCCGCUGCCAGCUGCGGAGCAGGAGUCCAGGAUUAUUUCUGAGAUGCUGGGAGUCAAACCCUUACUGGGUCCCAUGGCGACUAAAGAAUCCGUCAUGGAGAUCAUCUCCAGCGCGGAGUGUGUCCACUUCUCCACGCACGUCAACUGGAGACUAUCCGCGAUCGUCCUGUCGCCUGGAGAACCUAGGAGUCCUCCGGGUUACCGUGGAAACAGUAACCAUGCCGUCCACAACAGUCCAGAACAGGUGGACCUGAACCAUGACCUUCACAAUGACAGCGACCUUGAGAGCACCACGGACGCCCCGUCCUUGUCUGACUUCCUCCUGACGGCAGCAGACAUCUUGAACCUGAAGCUGUGUGCCAAACUGGUUGUGAUCAGCUGCCAUCACCAGGAGUCCCACAGUCGCAUCACGGCGGACGGUGUGGUGGGUCUGACGCGGGCGUUCCUGGCCGCGGGCGCCCAGUGUGCCCUGGUGUCCCUGUGGCCGGUGCCUGACCUGGCCUGCUGCCUGUUCAUGAAGGCCUUCUACGGAGGGCUGAUGCAGGGACUGAUGGCCAGCGAGGCCAUGUGUGAAGCUAUGAGAGUGGUACAAAACACCAAGCCCUUCUCCCACCCGUCCAACUGGGCUGGGUUCAUGCUGGUGGGCUGCGAUGUGAAGCUCAGCAGCAAGGCAGCGCUCAUGGGCCAGGCGCUCGGGGAGCUGCUCCAGACUCCAGACCGCACACGCAAUGCCAUGAGGGUUCUACUGCACCUGGUGGAGAAGUCCUUACAGAGAAUCCACCAUGGCCCCCACAACUCCAUGUACACCACACAACAGAGCAUCGAGAACAAGGUGGGACCAGUCCGGGGGUGGAAGAACCUCCUCAUAUCCGUGGGCUUCCACUUUGAGUCAGCGGCCAAUGGGCUGCCGCCAAGUGUCUUCUUUCCAUUGGCUGAUCCAGGAGAGAGACUGACACAGUGCAGCACUAGUCUGCAGGCAUUACUUGGUUUGCCACCAAACUCACUGGCUGCACUCUCAAAACUUGUCUCGGCUCCAGAGGCAGGCGAGGCACUCAUCAAACUGCUCCAGUCAGUCCUGUCCCAGCUGACAACCAAAGACAGUGUUCAGGUCCCUAUCAAUGUACGCCUCUGGAGGGUGGGGGGUUGCCAUGAGCUGCUCGCAUCUAUCGGUUUUGAUCUGAUAGAAGUUGGGAAGGAUGAGGUGACCAUGAGGACAGGGAAACAUGCCAACAAGAGAAACCUCCAGUUUGCUCUGUCUGCACUACUGGCCAUCUUUGACACAUCUGAGGCUCCCAAGAGUCUGACCCUGGGAAGUUCCUCAUCCCUGGAGAGCCUGUCAUCGUCUCAGUCCAGUACGUCAGUCCCUGCCGUCCCAAAGAGGGCGGAGGGUCUCUCCCCCACCCCCCAGGGGGAGGCAGGGGACCAGAGGAGACUGAGCUGGGCUUCUCUCUACAGUGUCUCCUCCUAUGGUAUCCCCGACAUGCACGGUGAACGCACUCCCAGCCAAGCCAACACCAGUGAGACGCCCUCCAGACUGCCCCAAUGGCCGCCGGCGACCGUACGGCCACAGGAGUACGACCUGAAGUCCAGCCUGCUGGACACUGACGUAGCGCGGGCAUCUCCUGAAGCUGCAUUGUCAAACAGGCUACAAAAUGGCGGACAUUCUCCACAACUUGAGGAGACACCAAAGAGCACUACUGCCCAUCUGAGGCAUCUACCUUCUGACAUGACAUCAACGCCGCUCGCAAAAUCUCGCCUGGAGGCAGAGAGAGACUCUCCCGUAAACAAACUUUCUCCACAAACAUCAGUGGAUACAACAGUAAACAACCAAAGAGUUUCAGGAAACAAGGAUUUAUCAGAAACAGAGGGGAAAGAUUCGCCGGUGACAUCGGUUACAAAGGACGUGAAUCCUCCUACCCCUCCGAGAAGGCGAUCGCGACUCCACGGUCGCAAGAGCUUGUUUGAAAUGGGCCCCACCCAGGGGUACUUCCCGGAAGUUGGCCCUGGCUUUCCUAGAAGAGACUCUGAUUCGCUGAGCAUCAAUUCCUCUCAGACCAACGACGACGGGGAUAAUAAGCAGUCAUGGAAUCUGCGCGCUUCGGGAAGUAGCAAACACUCGAACGCUUCCACGGCUUCGACGUCAACUCUCGUGGAAGACUCUCGGGCAGGAGGUGACGUGCAGAUUUCUCCUGCUCCUAGUCCAACAAGAUCGCCUGUGGAAGAAAAACCAACUCCCCAGCAGGGAGAAGGAAACAUAUCACUAGCAGAGAAGGUCCUUCAGGACGUGGAAACCUACAGACUUGCCGUGGAGAAGAUGCAGAGAAUAUCCAAGUUUGAGACUCAGCAGAAGCUCCUGGCACAGCAGAUGAUGGGGAGGAGAGAGGCCGCGCUGAACCAGAAGAGACCAUCCAAUCAGAAGCCCACCCCUCCUCCGAGGAAAUCAUCCACGCUUUCCGACACCUCGCCUCCGCAGAUUCCUCCCAAACCAGACAUCCCGCCCAAACCUACCCCGCUGAGGACUCCGUCUCCGUAUUAUGACAACAUCAGUAGAAGCAGUCGCCCCUCUGACCUCUCCGACUCCAAUGUGUCCAGUAGCGGAGAGGACGGGUCAUCCACGCCGACGAGGCUAAAAAUGAAGUACCCGAGCUCUCCAUACUCGUGCCACAUCGUGGACAGGAGCCCACGGAGAACGCCUGAAAUCACCGCAAAGUCUGUUGAUGUGGACAAAAAUUCUGUGAAAUCGAGCAAACAUUCCUCCAAAUCCCACAGAUCUGAUGGAGGAAAGCAUGAGAAACGAUCGCACAGAUCGAAGGAAGACAGGAAGGCCCCUCCAGCAGAAAAAAGCUUGAAAUCUCCAGUGGAAAGCGUUGUGUCAUCGGCUACGCCAGCGUACAUCAAACCCAGGCCUCCCGCGACGAACAGCUUACCGAAUCAGAGUCCAGCGUUCGCAAAGCUUCGGCAAUAUUUCUCCUCCCCUCCUGACAAAAUGAAACCUCCAGACAAGAGUAAACCACAAGCAAUAGAGAUGGACAACAUGGCCAGUUCUCCUGCUAGUAAGCCUGCUAGACCGGACAGUCCCACAAACUCUAUACGAUCAAGGGGGAGCCAGCAUUCUAAUGGACCUAUGAAUGUGAGUGCCUCUAGGGUGAAACCACUCCCACCAUACCCCGGCCCUCCCCGAAUGGGCAUCGGCCCUCCACCUUACCCAGGCUCACCUCGUUCUAGCCUGUCCUCCAACCCCCCAUCAACCUCCAGCUCACCCCGUUCCAGCAUCGCUCCCCCUCCUUACUCCCAUAAUGCAAUUCCCGCUACACCGGUCCACCCCAACUCACCACACAACAAGGCGGUCCCUAACACCAACCCCAGCCGCCCAACACCUACCGGUAGCAUGUCUGGCCCUCGUAGACCGUCCCAGCAGUCAGUUGAGGACAAGAUUCGCGAGGAAACCAUGCUCGCUGCGGCGCAGGUGGACAUGCUCAUCGCAGAAGAACAGAGACGAUCGUCCAUGGCCAACGGGACACUUCCCAGCAGUGCAAACAGUCCGAAGAAAGUCCCCGGUUCACCGGGUUCCAAAAUUGUGAAAAUUCCGCCAAGCAAACCAAACGGACCUUUGAGGAUGGUUUACUUGGAGAAUGGCACAAGAAUCAUUCCAAACGAAAAACUGCUCCAGUCUUCAAAGUGCUGACAAAGCACAAAUACAGUACAACAUGACUUUUAAGGGCAAACACAUGGUCAAAUGCAUAUUACAUUGAAUGAUUUCUACAUGUAUCACUAGGCAGUAGAGUAGAAGAAUGUGGAACUGGGAAAAGUUUUUGAAUUCAGUAGGGGAAAAUAUAGGAAUCCAUUCAGAUAAAGCCAAUGGGUACUUGUAACUUUGUUAAACUGAAAUCACAGUUGUGUCAUUUCAAGUCAAUGUAAACCAUGACUAUUCCUAUGAAAGAUAUAUCUUGACAUAGUAAAUAUCUUGACAGUACCAGGAAAAGAAUUCCUUAUUAUCUUAAAUCCAUGACUUUCACUGAAAUUUCUAACUACAACCUGGGAUGUAGGAAAUCACUGGUAGUCUGGGUGGGUGAUCUGCCCCUGUGGUGUUGCCAAAUAUGUCACUGCAUCUACAUUGUACAUGUAGAUAGUUACAUGUAGGUAUAGGUUUCUCGAAAUACAUGUAGCUAUAUUGUCACAGGUACUGGUGUACAUGUCUAUUCACAUCUGUUAUGAAGAAUUGUCAUAUUGGCUAUCCUCUGUAACAAGCAGAUACAUUUGAGCAACUUUCCAAUGAUACUGAGUACUAGGUAAUUUUCAGUUAUUGUAUAAACAAGAUGUGCCUUAGUUAGGUUAGCUUUGAUACCCACAGCUAGGUAACAGAAGGAUAUUUUCCUUGGCAAAAUGAUUGGACAAGGUGAAUCUAGUUAGGUUUAGGUGCAGAGAAUUGUGUGACAGAAAAUUGUGUGGUCAGUUUAGGACAAUUUGACAACCUUUAAUCACAGUAUUUGAUACAAUAAUCAUAAAUAUGAAAUUUUAUAAUUUGUACAGUUACAUGGUCGCUAUCACAUUUGUACCUUUUCUAUUAUAAAGGGCGAAAACUUUUGUGCACUUGUUGUAAAUGUGCUUUUUUUGCUUGAGAAUUCACUGCUUGAACGUGGGCAGAUUGUUAUUUUGCAAAUGAUAUGAUUUUGUCCAUAAAUUGUGCCUGUAAGAUAUGAUAUUUAUUUGUCUAUGUAGCUAAGCUUUGGAUCUUAUUGUGUGUUGCAAAUUGUUUAAAGAGUGUAAGUCAUUGGGGCGAGUCGGCUUGUUUUAUGCUCGUCAAUGCAAAUUGUAAUAAAAAUGUUUAUUAC